AUGUGGACCUGUGACAGCGGCUUCUCUAAGGAGGCCCCCGAGACCCACACGUGGGGAGGCAGAGGGGCAGCCGACACUGCUGGGACGGGAGCGGGCCGAUGGCACCUGCAAUACGGUGCUGGCCCCGAAGAGCCCCCCCCUGCACGUCGAACCUCCCUCGCUCCACUGUCUGUUGUCAUCUUAUUUAUUCGCCAUAUCUGGGUGGCCCGUGGUCAGCGCCUUCAGCUCUGGGCAGAGCGUAGAACUGGCAUCGGGAACGUUUGCAGCUCUCCCCCCAGGUGCCCUCCAGGUCCGGGCGCGACGGGCAAGUACGCUAUCCGCGUGGUCACCAGGGACUCGCUCCUGGCGGGUUCCAGAAACCUGGUGCAGCUGUGGCUCGUGGGCGAACAGGGGGAGGCCGACCUGGGCAAGAAGCUGUGGCCCGUGCGCAGUGAGACGGAGUUCGAGGUCAGUGUCCCCGUGCACCUGGGGCGCCUCCUGCUGGCGAAGCUGCGCAAAAUCCUGCUGGACGACGCCUGGUUCUGCGAACGGAUCUCUGCGCGGCCCGGGACCCAGGGCGAGGCCCGCUUCCCCUGCUACCGCCGGGUGCGGGGCGACCAGGUCGUCUGCCUGCCCGAGGGCACCGCCCGGACCUUGAGCGACGACCACCAGGACUUCCUUAAGGCGCAGCGGGAGCAGGAACUCCAGGAGAGAAAGAAGGUGUACCGGUGGGGCUCCCGGAAAGACGGCCCAAUCCUGCCGGUGGCCGGGAGGACGCAGUGUGACCUCCCCAGGAACCAGAGAUUCCUGGAGGAUAAGGAUUUUGACUUCAGGGCUGGAGGGCUUGGCCUCGAGGGUUCCCUGGACCUCACACAUCCAGUUAAAAGACCGGAAGACUUCAAAAGAGCAUCCCCGCGCGCAGGGACUCCCCUGGCCGGGUUUCUCCGAGGCCGCGGGGGUGUCCUGUUCGUGGCAGGGUCCGGGCACUGCAGAAUCAGGUGCUAGCAGCAUCCUUCACCCCGGCUCGACGACCCCAAAUGACUCCAGACACUGCCGAACAUCCUCUGGGGCGGGAGUGGGGACGAAAGUCCCCCUGGUCAAGAAGCGCGGAGCUAACGCCUGCCCCUGGCAUCCCUUUCUUUUCUU